CCAUCUCAAAAUCAGGGAGGAGAGCAUUGUUACUAUCAUGGCGUUCUCAGAGGACUGAAAGGAUCCUGGGCUGCUCUCUCCACCUGCCAUGGUCUCUGGGGAAUGUUCUCUGAUGGAAACUUCUCUUAUGGGAUUGAACCCGUCCAGCACUCCGACAUGCAGGCCCAGAACGUUCAUGUUGUCUACAGGAUGCCUGAUGUCCAGCUGACCAGGCCACACUGCCCAGAAUGCACUGUGUCCCAUGACUCUGAAAGUGACUCUGCCGUUGAAGAUGACACACUCGUUUCCAUGGAGACAGACAAGCCCACUUUCACCUACGGGCUGAGACGGGCCAAAAGGCAGAUCCGGAGGCCUCAGCGCACUGUCCAGACUGAGACCAAAUACGUGGAGCUGCUGGUGGUGAACGACUACGACCUGUUUGUUCAGAUGCGCAGAUCCACCGCUCAGACACGCAACUUUGCUAAAGCUGUCGUCAACAUGGCUGAUGCAAUUUACAAAGAACAACUCAACACUCGGAUUGUGCUCAUCGCCAUGGAAACGUGGUCAUCCCAGAACAUGGUGUCAGUUGGAGAUGACCCUCUGAUGACCUUGCGUGACUUCAUGAAGUACAGGAGAGAGAACAUCAAGGAGAAGAGUGACGCCGCACACCUCUUAUCGGGGCGUACGUUCCACAGUGCCCGUAGUGGCACAGCCUACAUUGAGGGCAUUUGCUCUCCAACACGAGGAGGCGGAGUCAAUGAGUAUGGAAACGUUGGACCCAUGGCCAUCACUCUUUGCCAGAGUUUAGGGCAGAAUCUGGGCAUGAUGUGGAAUAAAGAACGCGCCACUGCAGGAGAUUGUAGAUGUCCAGACCCAUGGCUUGGCUGUAUUAUGGAGGACACUGGAUACUACCUACCAAGGAAGUUCUCCCGUUGCAGUGUAGAGGAAUACGUCCGCUUCCUCCAGGAGGGAGGGGGCAGCUGCCUCUUCAACAAACCAACCAAGUUACUGGAUCCUCCAGAAUGUGGGAACGGAUUUGUAGAGCAGGGAGAAGAGUGUGACUGCGGUUCCCAAGUGGAGUGCUCCCGAGCCGGGGGAGCGUGCUGCAAGAAGUGUACCCUUACCCAUGAUGCAAUGUGCAGUAAUGGACUCUGCUGCAACAGGUGUAGGUACGAGCAGAGAGGAGUAGUGUGUCGAGAUCCGGUCAAUGACUGUGACGUCCCAGAAAUGUGUACUGGUGAUUCCAGCCAGUGUCCCCCUAAUGUCCAUAAACUGGACGGCUACAUGUGCGAUGCAGGACAGGGUCGUUGCUAUGGCGGCCGCUGUAAGACCAGAGAUGCCCAGUGUCAAGCGCUGUGGGGGCACAAUGCAGCAGAUCGUAUCUGCUAUGAGAAGCUGAACACUGAGGGGACGGAGAAGGGGAACUGUGGGCGGGACCCCAGUGGACAGGGCUGGGUCCAGUGCAACAAACAAGAUGUUCUGUGUGGCUUUCUGCUGUGUACAAAUAUGACGAUGAAGCCGCGGUACGGAGAUCUGCAAGGAGAAGUUACAAGCCUCACAAUCUACCAUCAGAACAAGUACCUGGACUGCCGAGGAGGUCACGCAGUUUUGGAGGACGGCACAGAUUUGGGUUAUGUAGAAGAUGGCACUCCGUGUGGUCCCAACAUGAUGUGUCUGGACCACCGCUGCCUACCUGUCAUGACCUUUAACCUCUCCUCAUGCCCGGGCUCGUCAUCUUCACACAUCUGCUCUGACCACGGGACGUGCAGCAACGAGGUGAAGUGUAUCUGUGACACAGACUACACGGGGAAGGACUGUAGUGUGUAUGACCCCAUCCCUGACCCCCAGCUUCCAGAGGGACCAGAGAAAUACAAAGGACCCAGUGGUACUAAUAUAAUCAUCGGUUCAUUGGCAGGAGCCAUUCUGCUGGCAGCUAUAGUGCUGGGGGGCACUGGCUGGGGAUUCAAAAAUAUCCGGAGAGGAAGAUCUGGAGGAGGAUAAGAAGUCUGUCCAUCCACUGUCCUGUCCUCUUUACCUACACUGUGUUCUUUUCAUUUUGAGCAGAAGGGAGGAAAGGGGGGAAAAAGAAAACGUCUUCCACUCACUCAGAAAACUACAACCUCCACGAGCCCUCACUCUUACGGUUUCCUGUUUCCUGUCUUUCACCUCUUGCCUCUAGUCUGCAUGGUAGGAAGAACAUUCCAGAUUAUUGCCCUAGGCUUUAUAUCGGAAAGAUGCUGAUCUAGCUCCAG